AUGGAGUACGAGCAGAGCGCCGGAGCUACGGCUACGACGUCUGGUCUAGGCAAACACGAUAAUGGUGUCCACGACAACCCGGAGGAUCCAGGGAGCACCAGCAAUGGCAUCAGCUCCCUAGAGCAACCCCUGCUGAGGAGAAACACUACCCUGACAGCGAACCACCUCGCCAUCGUUGGCGCCAAGGUCUCGCACAUCGAGAGCCUCGACUACGAGAUCAUCGAGAACGAUCUGUUCAAACACGACUGGAGGAGCCGGUCCAACGUGGAGGUGCUGCAGUACAUCUUCCUCAAGUGGGCCUUGGCGUUCCUCGUCGGCCUCCUCACCGGCGUCAUCGCCUCGCUCAUCAACCUCGCCAUCGAGAACAUCUCCGGCAUCAAGAUGAUCCACAUGGUGCAGCUCGUCCGAGAUAAAAGAUACUGGACCGGCUUCUUCUACUUCUCCGGCUUCAACUUGGCACUCACCUUCGUGGCCGCCGUGCUUUGUGUGGUCUUUGCGCCCACCGCCGCUGGCCCGGGCAUCCCCGAGAUCAAGGCCUACCUCAACGGCGUCGACACGCCCAACAUGUUUGGUGUGCCACAGCUUAUUGUCAAGAUCAUCGGCAGCAUUUGUGCGGUAUCGUCGGGGCUCGAUCUCGGCAAGGAAGGCCCGCUUGUGCACAUCGGCGCGUGCCUCGCCAACCUGCUCAGCCAGGGCGGCGCCGGCCGGUUCCGCCUCCGCUGGAAGUGGCUGCGUUACUUCAACAACGACCGUGACAGGCGCGACCUCAUCACCUGCGGCGCCUCGUCUGGGGUGUGCGCGGCAUUCCGCUCCCCCGUCGGCGGCGUCCUGUUCGCGCUGGAGGAGGUGGCCACCUGGUGGCGGAGCACGCUGUUGUGGCGCACUUUCUUCAGCACGGCCACCGUGGUGGUGGUGCUGCGGGGCUUCAUCGAGGUAUGCCGCAACGGACGGUGCGCGCUGUUUGGCGAGGGCGGGCUCAUCAUCUUCGACGUCGGCGACGUCACCGUCAACUACCACCUCGCCGACCUCCUCCUCGUCACGCUCGUUGGCGUCAUCGGUGGACUCCUGGGCGCCCUCUACAACUACCUUCUCCACAAGGUGCUCCGCCUCUACAGUCUCAUCAACGGGAAGGGCCGGAUGGCGAAGCUGGCGCUGGCCCUGGCCGUGUGCGUGUUCACGUCGGUGGGGCUGUACGUGCUCCCCUUUGCCGUGCCGUGCACCCCAUGCGACCCGGCGUUGGGUGCCGCGUGCCCGACCAAUGGGAUGAGCGGCAACUUCAAGCAGUUCAACUGCCCUGCCGGCCACUACAACGACCUGGCCAGCCUCCUGCAUGCCACCAACAUGGACGCGACGCGCAACAUCUUCUCCACGGGCACCUCCGGCGAGUUCCGCCUCUACUCGCUCCUCAUCUUCUUCGCCAUCUACUGUGUGCUGGGGCUCUCCACCUUCGGCAUUGCCGUUCCGUCGGGGCUCUUCCUCCCCAUCAUCCUCAUGGGCUCCGCCUACGGCCGCAUCGUCGUGCUUUAG